UCUUAAUGCCUUCCGCCUGCGGCCAGAAAAGCUCCCCCAGGAGAGACAAGGCUGCUCUCCCGGGCUUGGCAGGGAGAUGCCUGCUCUGCUGGGCACUUCUUGCUCAGAUUAGCAUAGCCCAGCCUAUAUCACACACACACCCAGUAAUACCUCAUUUUGCCACUGGCAUGAGGCCAAAAGCACAAGCAUUACAGGGAUAUAAAGCGGGAAGUUACUGCAAAGAAUCACAAACUAACGUGAGACUAGACCAAAUUUUUGCAAACAGCAGAAAAUGUGAUCUUUGUUGUAGAUGGUUCGUGCAUUUAAUGUAGAUGUUUAUAUGAUUGAAGCACUUAAUAAGUGUUUUCAUUGAGUAUAGUUACAGAACAGCUGCAGAAAUCUGAAGUGCUUCUGUUCAUUUUUAUUUUUUUUCUCCGUAGUUUAUAACUGAAAAAUCUCAGAAGAAAUCUGGAGACUGACAGAGAUCAGGGUGCUUCCUCAACUGUGCACUCUCCUGACAGAGGCACUGCUUUUGUGGGGUAGGAACGAUGACAGGGGCAAAAAGGAAAAGAAGCACAGUCUGGAGGAAGAUCCAGGCUGUUCGCUUUGAAGAUAUCAAAGCCUGGUGUACGAGAAGGCUGCCCAUCUUGAAAUGGGUACCUGUCUACAACUGGAAGGAAAAUUUGGCUCCUGAUACUGUUUCUGGGAUGAUGCUAGCCAUCCAGCAGGUGACUCAAGGGCUGGCCUUUGCUAUUCUGUCUUCAGUUCAUCCAGUUUUUGGUUUAUAUGGAUCUUUCUUCCCUGUCAUUAUUUAUGCCAUAUUUGGAAUGGGACGUCAUGUUGCAACAGGAACUUUUGCUCUGACUUCCUUAAUAUCUGCCAAUGCAGUUGAACGUCUUGUUCCUUCAGCCAGAACUAAUUUCACUGCAAACAACAAUUCAGGAAUUUUGGGUUUGUCAGAAUUUGAAAUGCAGAGGAUUGGAGUUGCAGCAGCAGUUUCAUUUCUAGGAGGAAUCAUUCAGGUAGCAAUGUUUAUGCUGCACUUGGGCAGCGCCACGUUCUUGUUAACAGAACCCGUGAUAAGCGCAAUGACAACAGGAGCAGCUACACACGUUGUGACUUCACAAGUGAAGCAUCUGCUGGGAAUGAAAAUGCCAUAUAUAUCGGGACCACUGGCAUUUUUUCAUAUUUAUGCCUAUGUGUUUGGGAAUAUCAGAUCAGUUCAGCUGGAGGCAUUACUUCUCUCCUUGCUGAGCAUUGUGGUACUUGUUCUUGUUAAAGAACUGAAUGAGAAAUUUCACAGAAACAUUAAAGUUGUCCUUCCCAUCGAUCUACUUUUGAUAAUUGCUACAUCCAUUGCUUGCUACUAUGCUGAUAUGGAAUACAUCUACGGGAUAGAAGUUGUGGGAAAUAUUCCUAAAGGGUUGCCAUCACCAAAAGCACCACCCAUGAGUGUCCUGCCUGAAGUAGUCACUGAAGCUUUUGGAGUGGCACUGGUUGGUUAUGUAGCCUCACUAGCUCUUGCUCAAGGCUCUGCUAAAAAGUUUAAAUACACUGUGGAUGACAACCAGGAAUUUUUGGCUCAUGGCCUCAGCAACGUGAUUCCUUCAUUUUUCUUUUGCAUACCAAGUGCUGCAGCGAUGGGACGGACGGCACUUUUAUACAGUACGGGUGCCAAAACACAGGUGGCUUGCCUUAUCUCUUGUGUAUUAAUUCUUGUGGUGAUCUACACAAUUGGACCUCUGCUGUACUGGCUUCCUAUGUGUGUGUUAGCAAGCAUUAUUGUUGUGGGCUUGAAGGGGAUGCUAAUGCAGUUCCGUGACUUAAAAAAAUAUUGGAAUGUGGAUAAAAUAGACUGGAGCAUAUGGGUUAGUACCUACGUGUUUACAAUAUGCUUUGCUGCCAAUGUGGGACUGUUGUAUGGUGUUGUCUGCACUGUAGUAAUCGUGAUUUUCCGCUUUCCCAGAGCAAAGACCCUGAAUUUGAAAAAUAUGAAAGAGGUGGACCAUAAAUACAAAGCAGAAGACAAUUGUGAAUCCCUAAAACAGGUAAAAAUAGUUUCAGUCAACAGCCCGUUGGUCUUUUUGAAUGCCAGAAAAUUUCAUGCUGACUUGUUAAAAAUAAUCCAGAAGGAUGGCAUGAGCAGCCAGUGUGAGCAGAACACUUUGCUCUGUUCAUUUUCCAAUGGAAGUUGCCAUGGUGAGUUGGUGCAGUCAUGUCACAGUGAGCGACAUGUUUUGAUAUUAGACUGCAGUGGACUGAAUUUCUUUGACUACACUGGAGUCUCAGUGCUUCUUCAGAUUUACAUGGACUGUAAAAACAGAUACAUCGAUGUGUUGCUAGCACACUGCAAAGCUUCCUUGAUAAAAGCAAUGCAGUACAGUGGAAAUCUUGACUCUGAAAAUCCUGUAUUUUUUGAAUCUAUUUCUUCAGCAAUUGAUGCCAUUCAGAUUCACAAGAAUUACAGCAAGUUCAGUGAACAGAGUGAAGUGUGAUGCCCACCAAUGAGCAUGGCAAGUUUCAUCUGCUCAUACUCAAAAUGAACUACAUAAUUUUUCUCCAGUGGAUCUCCUACAUGAUAUUUUGUAUACCAUAUAUAUUUAGUACAUUGAAUAAUGACAGAUCUGCCUUUCAGAAAGAAAAUCUUUUGGCUGCAAUCACUCAGAAUUUUUAUGCAAUUGUUCUAUUGUGGUUUUAUAUAAUAUUUUUAUAUACAUUUAGAUACAAAUUAUUAGAAAGCAGACACGAGGUACUGUGUUUACCAGUUAGGUGUAUUCUUUUAGGUAUCUUCUAUUGUAACAUUAGUUAUAAUAUGCAUCUGUAGUUUUGUGUGUGGAAUAGAGACAUUAAGAAUUCUUAAAAGAGUAUGUUGUAAUUGACAGAGUAUUUGCAGGAAGGCAUAAAUCAAUGCAUACUUUUUCUAAUGGCUUUAGUCUUUCCCCUGUUCAAGAGAGCCAUUUGCAGUAACAGCAUCAUAUCACAGCUAUCAUAUGCUUCCACUUUUUCUGCUUGGUUUUGUAUGCUUUUUAAUGUCUGUCCAGAUCAAUGGGAGAACUUGCAAGUAUGUACAGAGAAGGCAGAUGCAUGUUGACUAAGAACGCUGGAUUGCCUCUGUCUAUUGUCUUGUGCUAUUAUGGUUUGCUACAUUUUCAAAGCCACAGAAAAUCUUUAGCUCAGACUGUAGAGGAAAAACUGGUAAUAUUUUUCCAAAACUUUUUAUUUUUUCCAGCACAUGUUUUACAGUCUGCAUUUUCAGUUUGAGUUGUGAUUUGUUUGGUGUUGAAAUCUUCAGCUAAGGCAGCUGAAAGGUGAUCACAAAAAACACAUAAAGGUGUGUGCCACAUUUCAGCCACAAUCCUGAUGUGCAGUAUAUUGUGUGCGACCACACAAAAUGGGUGGAGAAAUUCACAGGUUGAGCAUUUUGGUUUGUAUUUAUGGAUUAUA